GCACACUCGCAACAGAAGUUCGUCAUCCUGCCAGUAUAAGCCUCCCAACUUCCACAUUCAUAUGGAACUGCAUUGAGUAGCUUCAACGCCGUUGAUCUACGACACAAGUUGUGCCUACGGUAUUGGACCCUUCGCUUUCGUCAACCGCUUGGCCAAUGGAGAAUCUCAUCCGAUCGCACCUAAAAAUGCUGGAGCUCCUUCCGGAAACGUGUGCAGGAAACUGCGAGGAAUGGACGUGCAACAGCGGAGCCGCAGACAUCGACGAAAAUCAUACGGCUACUAUGCAAGCACGAAUGCAAGCAUCAAUGCAAGCACCAAUUCAAGCGCCGAUACAGGAUGGCAUUGUGCAAUCUCCGUACAAGCACUCCGAGACAGUGCAGUCGUCAUUUGCUGAAUUCCUCACUGAAAAACUUCGACCUCACGGAAACAGAAUUGCACUGACCGAUGGAGAGAGGAGCGUGACCUAUAAAGAACUACUGAAGAAAUUUCGUUGCUGCGCCGCCAUGCUUCAAGCUCACAACGUUGGUCCUGGUGACAAAGUCUACUGUCAUUUCGGAAACAGCAUCGAAGGUUUUGUGGCGCUCUACAGCAUCGGCAUUGCCGGGGCUACCGUUGUCCUGAGUGAUCCAGAAUACAAAAAAGGAGAGGUUCAACAGCACAUGAAAAACUGUGACGCUACACAUGUGGUGACUGACCUUCACCAUUCCUUCAAGUUCAGUCCUAAAGACCAAGGAAAUAGCAUAAAGACAUAUUUUGCUGUUGGUGACGUGCCUGGAUUUAUUUCAAUUUCUAAUUUCGACACAUACACUGAAGAGAAUUACCAAGAGGUGAGAAGGUGUCCAGGACGCAUCCUUGUCAUGUCGUACACCUCUGGAACAACUGGUCAAAACAAAAGCGUUGAAAUCGCGGAGGAGCGAUUUCUCCAGAAACCAUCCGGAAUGCAAGUUGCCGGCCUCUACAACGCGGACGACGUCGCUCUGGCUUGCGAAUACCUCACCAUAUACCUGUCAUUUUCCUUCAACUUCAAUUUCAUAUGCUGUGGAGCCCGCUUGGUGAUCAGUGACAAGUAUUGGUCGGUACCCGACUUUAUUUCUUCCGUCAAAAAGGAAAAGGUGUCCCUUCUUAUGACGACCCCUUCAGUGCUGAAUCUACUGGCAAGUGCAGUCGCGGCUACGGCCACAAGGCUUCCUUCACUGAGGACGGUGGUCAGCUUAGGAGCAAGUCUGCCGAAGAGCACGGCAGAGCUCGUGAUCUCCGCGUUCAAACCUGCGGAAUUCAGCAACAGCUACGGCCUGUCUGAGGCGAGUGGGGACGUCUGCUUCUCCCCAGCUGGUCAGUUAUACUUCGACAGCGUGGGCUUUCCUGUUCCUGAUACGCAGGUCAAGAUCAUUGAUACCAAGUCACAGAGGACGCUGCCUCCUCUGGAACGCGGUGAAAUAAUGGUGCGCUCGCCGUACAUCAUGGUAGGUUACUACAAUCACUGCGAGGCAACAGCUGCUGCUGUCGACGGUGAUGGCUGGCUGCGCACAGGUGACAUGGGCUACUACGACCACUCUGGCCGGCUAUUUGUGACCGAGCGGCUGAAGAGCGUCAUCAAGUGUUUAGACACCAAGGUGGAGCCCUACGAGGUGGAGCAAUGCGUUCUCGAGCUUGACUGUGUGGCCGAAGUAGCCGUGCUCGGUGUGGCACACCCGGUGCUCGGAGAGGCGCCAGCCGCCAUUGUUGUCCUGCGACCAAAAUGGCAGGCAGAGGAACACGGCCGCAUUGCACAGCGGAUCAAAGAACACGUGGCAGAGAGAUUGGCUGUUUACAAGGAACUACACGGCGGGAUAGUCUUCGCUGAAGAGCUGCCCAAAACCAGAAGAGGCAAAGUGCUGAGGCGCCUUCUGUUGACUGAGUUCGUAAAGUUUAAAAAGGCCGGAAUGGUUCAUUGAAUGCUGUCGAGAACAUGCAGACAUGUUUGUUCUGAUCUACUUACAAGUCACCGGUAAUAUAAUAAAUAAACCUGAU